AACAGUUACAGGAGAAAUGGUUAGUACUUAGAAAGUGAACGUUUUGAGGAAUGGCAUUUUGUUUGCAGAUACACGAUUUUAUAACUAUUACUGCAAUUGAUUAGGCUUGAUUCAGCCAUGUCACUUGCCGCCAAAUAUCUGGUACAAAUUAUUGUAGCAGGUUCACAAGUGAUUGGGCGAGCAUUUGUGCGAGCUUUGAGACAGGAAUUUCAGGCCAGCCAACAAGCAGCACAAGGAGCAGGUGGCGGUAGACAGGGUGCAAGACGGGCGGCAGCAGACACAAUUACUGGCAUGUCACUUCAGGAAGCUAUGCAGAUUUUAAACUUAAGAAGUGUUGAUGACCUUGAGGCUCUCCAGAAAAAUUACGAACACUUGUUCUCACUAAAUGAUAAAGCUAAAGGAGGAUCCUUUUACCUGCAAUCAAAGAUUUUCAGAGCAAAGGAACGAAUUGAGGCAGAAUUAAAGGGGAAAAUGGAAGAAGCCAAAAGAUCCCAGUCCAAGCAGAACAGUAAUGAAACAUGAUCUUUGUGUGGGAGAUGUGACAUCUCCCAAGUGAAAAGGCAAAAGAAAGACAAUAUUCUUUAUAGCAGUUGCUACUAGAGAUAAAACAGACUUUUAAAAGACCCAUUGUGAUCUACUUUUGUUGCACAAGAGGGUAAAAGUUCUGUUAUUUUCAGAAUAUGUUAAUAAAUACCUGAAGAAUGAAGAUAGCUCUUGGCAUAUUGGUACAAAUAAAAAAAUUCAAAGUAUACUUUCUCAACAAUACAUUACCUCUGUAUAAAUAAUUUAUUACGCAAUCACGUGUUGGAAAACCAAUUUGAUCGUUGAUAAGGCAGUGUCCUUCAUCUUUUUUCAGAGACUUCGCUAAAAAUAACUUAAAAUUUUGACUUCAGUAGACAAGAAAAUAAGGUGGUGUUAUAAUAUGUUUUAUUGACCAAGGAUGAGAAAAUUUUUUUUGUGACACCAGCUUUAUUGCGUUGAUCAGUUGUUAGGCAAUUAUUAUAUAGACUAGUGUGGUCCUUGUGGCACCUGUUUACAUAAUAGGUGAUUAGCCAUGAUACUGCCUUCAUUGCUGAAUGCAUUUAACCUCAAUUCCCCCUCCCCAUUCCACUUGCUAUGAAAGCAAAAGAAGCAAGAUUCAAGAAUAAGCAUAUGGUAAGUAUUUUUGCAUAGUGGAAAAAUAACUUUUUUUAAUAAGGUAGGGCAAGAAUAUUCUUUGUAGUUCCUCUUUUAUGCUUUUCAGGUUUUACACUUUUCCAGCAGUAAGGAAUAGCAAUCAUAUUGCAAAUGUCAUGUUUUCUGGUUUGGAUUCCAUAAGGGCCUGUUGGGCACAGCAAGAGAUUCAGUGAUAUAUGCUGUGUUAAAAAUAUAUAUAAAUAUUUGUGGAUGGGGACUUUUUAGAUCUGUUUAUAGAGGUGGUUUCUUUCUGUGGUCAUAGCUGCAUACAGCAGCCAUGUGUACCUGUAUCUACGCAAGAGUGUACUUGUUGAGGAAUCAAAUUAAUUUACACAAUUCAGUGUUGGUUGUGCAUGGUGCAGGCUAAUAGGCUGUAUAAAUGCUGAAUUCUCCCAGACUGAUCUAGAUUGUUUGAUUGUAAAGUGGCAUAAUCUAAAGAAUUAAAAAAAGGAUUGUAUGGCAUCUGUUUUGCAUUGAAAUACAUGUCUUGGGCUUGUUUUUCUAAAAUGGAUUAGCAGUAUGAAUGAGAAUAAACUUGUUUGGAAGGC